UUGAAAGAAGAAAGGAGAGAGAAAGUGUAUGAUUUUGUUGGAGUAGCCGAGAGGAAGAGAGAGUGAGUGCGGAAGGAAGAUGAAUGGGAAAAGGGCAAAAUAACAUAAAUAUAUUUAAAAAUAACAUAUACAUAAUUUGAAGUAACAAAGAGUUAACAUCAAAAUUACAUUAGCUUUAUAAAACCUGGAGUACACGGAGUAGGAUAGAAAUUGCGGUUCUAGCCACCCUUUUCCCCACCCCCUGACCUCUCCGGAACCCUCUCUCCACCCUCUAACCUCAUCAGAAACCACCCAACAACCCCCUUUAUCACCAAAAACGGCCAGCCGACCUCUACCACCCAUCCCCGACCUUAGAAAUCACCCACCCAGCCCUCCCCGAUCCCCAAAAUCACCCACCCACCCCUCCCCGACCCUAAUUCAACUCUCUCAAUUUCUCUCUCCUCAUCAACAAUGGCAACGACAUCAUUCAAUCGGAGGAGACUCCAAUUCCAUCUCCACAACAAGCCGGACACAACAUCGUCGUCUUACCACCGCCGGUCGCAAUUAGGGAAAUUUUGUGGUUGCUGUGUUGUUCCUAGUGGCUGAAGUUAGUUGCGGUUGCCGCUACUGUGUUGGUGGCUGGAGUUGCGUCUGUAGUUGCUCUAAUGGUGGUUGGAGUUGGAGGUGGUGGUGGUUUGAUGUGUGUAGCGGCUGCGAGGUGGAGGAGGGUUGUGCUCUGGUUGUCAGGGCUGCUACUUGGGUUUGGAGGGAGCAGGGGAUGGCGAUAUUGGUUGGUGGUGCGGUGUAGGUUAGCAGUUAGAGUGGUGGAGGUUAAGGUAGGCAACAAUUAGGGUUUUUUUUUUUUUAUUUUUUUAAUGUUUUUUUAUUUAUUUAGGACCAAUCUUGUGUUGGUGAUGGCGAUGUUAUGAAGUCAAGGCUACUGCCUGGGUUUUGAGGGAGCAGGGGAUGGCGAUAUUGGUUAGUUGGUGCAGUGUAGGUUAGGAGUUAGAGUGGUGGAGGUUAAGGACUUAAGGUAGGCAACAAUUAUUAUUAUUAUUAUUAUUUUUUUUUAAUUUUAAAUUUUGGACCAAUUGACACGUGUCAUGAUAACUUGCUAUAACAAGUUAUUGACUUGUUGUUGACCGUUGAGACUAUUGUAGGCAAACACAUAACAUAGUUUAGAUUAUUAAAUAAUAAUAAACCUUCUUUGAGAUUAUUAAAAGUAAAUCGCCCAACUUAAAAAAAAAAAAAAAAAAAACACCGAAAUUCCUAGUGAGAAACGCUUUGAAAAUCUCAGGCGUUUUAGCGUUUUGCCUCUAAAAACAAGAUGAACUGUUAAUCCAGUGAGCAAAAAUGGAGCAACAACUAUGGCGGGAAACCCAGAAAAACCUCACCACCACCAACACCAACACCCUCUCUCUGCAACUCCUCUCACAACUCCAAACCCUCAUCACCAACCCCUCAACCACACCCUCCACCAUCUCCGCCAUCCUCGAAACCCUUACCAACUCCCCCUCCCUCCUUCUCAACCACCACAUUUUCUCUCUCCUCCACUCCCUCCAUCUCCACCACCCUCCCUUCUCCUCUUCUCUCUCCUCCACUCUCCCCUCUCUCACCACCUCCCUCCUCUCCGACCCCACUUCCUCCGCCAUCGCCGCCGCCGCCGCACUCUCUCUUCUCGCCUCACUCUCCGCCGCCGACUCCCUCGAUCACAGUCUUGUCAUCUCUCUGUGUUUCCGCCCGAGCGUUUCGGCUCGGGUUUGGGUUUUGAAUAAUGUGAUCAAGUUAUCGAUUCCUCCCAAUUUGUUGCUGCCGGUUAUGCUAGGGUUUACUAAGGAUCCUUACCCUUGUGUUCGUCAAGCUGCGUUGGAGGGGUUGGUGGGUGUUUGUCAUUCUGGGGUUGUGGUUGAGGAUUCUGAGAUUGUUGAAGGGUGUUAUUUUCGUGCCGUUGAGCUUCUUCUUGAUCAACAUGAUUAUGUUCGCUUGGCUGCUCUUCGUGCAGUAAGAACGUGGGGGUGCAUGCUUGCUGCAUCUAAGGAAGAGGAAGAAGAUAGGAGAGACUGUUCAGAUGGUGUAUUUUUGCUGAUAUGUUCUAUGGUCAGAGAUAUGAAUGUGGGAGUCAGGGUGGAGGCUUUUACUGCCCUGGGAAAAAUUACUUAUGUAUCUGAAGAUAUUUUGUCGCAGACCCUUAACAAAAAGGUUGACGAAGCAAUUAAAGUGAAACAAUCCUUAGCUCUGUUUAGCUCAAAAUCACAUGAAAUUCAUGCUGGUGUUGCUGCUGGUGCAUUUAUUCAUGGUCUAGAGGAUGAAUACAGCGAGGUACAACGGGUUGCAUGUAUCUCCUUGCAAAUGCUUUGUGUCAUCUCUGGUCGAUUUGCUCCUGAUGCGGUUAAUAUAUUGAGCUAUGUUCUGAAUGACGACUCGGUUAUUGCCAGGUUAGAGGCAUUAAAGACAAUCCAUUGCAUGGCAAUUUCUGGAUGUGUAGUGAUGAAAGAGGCACAUAUAGAUAUGGUGCUUGGUACCCUUGUUGACAGGAACUCCCAGAUAAGAUCCAGAGCCUUUGAUUUGCUUGGAUCAGUUAAAUUGCCUGACCUGAAAGUGUCCAAAUUAACUGUUGAAAGCCUCUUUAGAAGUCUGGACAUCUAUCCUAAGAGUGAAGCCGAAAUCUUUCGUACAUUGUUCAAUAUAGGUCAAAAUCAUGGCAAAUUUGCAGUCAGGAUUGUCAAGGACCAUUAUAACGAGAUUAAGCCUUCCAAUGAUGAAAAAUCUGGCUUUUAUGGCUCAAGAAUUGCUGGAAUGUCAGUCUUGGCUAUUUCAGCUUCCCUCAAACACGAAGAGCACUUUCAUCAAAUUCCACCAAGGAUAUUUUCGUAUGCAGCUGCAUACUUUGGGCGGAUUGCUUAUGCUCUUGGUGAUAUUUUGGAUAUUGAUUCCCUUUUGGCCUACCUGUCUUGCUGCGCUGAGCACCAAUUUGAGGUACAGUCUGAAACCAGGGCUCAACCAGAGGUACUUCCAGCUGCAAAAGGUCAGCAGGAAACACCUGUGCAUGUCUUCAGUGCAAUACAAAUUGUUCUUGCAACAGUGAAGAGGUUAUGGCCGCUGGUAAAAUGUGGAUAUACAAAUGAAGUGUUUAAGGCUUUAAGGUGUUGUAAAGAAUCUCUUGCAGCUGUAAGGCCUGGCUCUUUUGCAUAUGCUGGUGCAAUAGCUUUUGCCUUCCAAUAUAUCCAUAUAGUGAAGCUUCUCACGAGGGUAUGGAGACACUUUGAGGUUUCCAAAAAUUGUCAUUUGUAUCAAUUGGGCGACUUGGACUUGCUACUUGGGAAACUUGACAAAGCGAUUCUAGCUAUCAGAUACGGGUUCAUUGGGUUGAGUAAAGAUGUUGAGCUUAUUAUAAUGGAGUUGUUGCUUCUCAACUAUCUGCUGCAAUUUUCAAGCUCUCGCAUGCAUUGCAAAACCUUACAGAAAUUAUCUACUAUGGUUGCUUCGGUGUGCCACUUACGGGAUGCAAAAUCCAUUGCAUGUUCGGACUUUGUGAACCUACUUGCAGAACUAUCGUCCAAUGGCAGUUUCUCUCUUGAUGCAACUGGUGAUCAAUUUCAGUUGAAAAAACUGCGUGACUUAUUUAUACUCAAAGACAUGGUACUCACUGAAGAAAUCAGACACAUCAGUGCAGAGCUUGUUGUUCUUGGCUUUGACUCAGUAAGUCCUUUGCGCUUCAUCUCAGGAUUGCCUGUCAGUAUACCCCUGGACAUUACUCUCUAUAACGUGACUAAUGAACAUAGACUAUGGCUUAAGAUUGUCUUAGAUGACAAGGUAUCUGAGUUUGUUUUCUUAGACAUGGAAGAAUAUGGAGGUCUUGACGAGGUCAAAAAGUUCAAGUUCACCGCCCCAUUUUACAGAACACCAAAAACAGUUGCUUACACAUUGAGGGUUAGUAUGGGUAUGGAAUGUAUGUCUGAGGAUUUGCAUUUGGUUAGAGGUCACGGGGGCCCUAAACAUGCCCUGACUUACAUUAGCCUGGAAAUUGAAGCUUAUUUUGUAAAUUUGAAUGCUGAUAAUCUUUUGAUACGUUAAAUUGCUUCUCCCUUAGUUCCUUUUUGUUCUUCUUGUUGCUUCCUUGUUGUUCCUUAUGCAUACUACAAAUGUUAAUAUCUUAUUUUCACUUUUAAUCAAUUCACUAUUAGAAGGCAAUGUGAAUGCCAAUAAUUGAUUUGAUGUUACAAUGCAUAUAUGAGUCCAACCCUUGUGAACCCAUAUUGUCUAUAUGUAUGAAGUCAUUGUACUCUUAGUUGAAUACUCAUGCUAUAUAUAGAGUGGCAUGCAAGAGAAAUUUAACGAGCAAUACUUAUCAGUUCCUCUAUCUCCUCUUACUCCUUCAUUUCUCCGAAAUAAAACUUUCUAUUAGUAAAAUUUUUAACACGUUAUCAGCACCAGUUUUCAGUCAGGUAUAUUUAUACCUACUUAUAAAAAUUUAUAACAAAAUAAUACUAUCUACUUCUAACUGUUUCGAGGAGUAUGCUCUAUAGUUGCCCAUAUUUGGGAUCCUCUAUAAAAGAAACUCAAACAUUUACUAUAUAUACCUCAAAAAAAAAAAAAAACAACGGUGAAAGAUCUCUUACUUGUGAAUUUACUACUAUCAUCUUUUGUUUAUUCAUGUUGAUGUUUCUUUGUUUGAUCCAUGUUGAUAUUACAUACUCAUUUUACGUAAAUUUUUAUCUUAGUUAUUCUAAUUGCUAAGUAGUAGCUUUGCAUGCAUAUUAUUAUUAACUAGAUUAACAAAAAGAUGCAGCCUUUUUAUACUUAUUAUUUUUCUUACUUUUACAUACUUUUUUGUGUUUCUUUCCGUUUUCGAACCCAUGAUCUUUUAUA